CGCAGUUGAGCGGAAAUGACUUCCUGGUUGUCAAACAUGGCGUGUGUGCGGAUAGUGACAGUCGGCGUUGUGUUGUCAACAUACUUGAUACCGCUUUUAACAGGUACAUGCCCACCAGGAAAGUUUGGUGAAUCUUGCUUCUACCCCUGUCACUGUGGAGACUCGUGUAACCAGACAACUGGAGUUUGUGGAGGCGGCUGUGACGCUGGCUGGGUUGGAGGAAAUGGAGCUAAUUGUCAGAAAGAAAAUGUUGUAUACGGAAGAACGGCCUCCUCCCCUACUCGGCUGUUUAGUUCCUUGUGGUCUGCGGACAAAGCUGUAGACGGAAACAGGGACCAGUAUGUGCAACAUGGCUCCUGUUUCAACGCAGCUGACAAUACAUGGGCUUUGUGGACGGUGGAUCUAGGAAAGCAGUACAGGAUACAUGAUGUCAAGAUAUAUCAGCCAUCGCAUCAACCAGGAAGAAUCCGGUCUUGUGUGCUCUACUUGAGUAACACGAGCUCCUCCACGGGCCUCCCUUGCUAUGCCUUCCGACACGACACCCCUGUCAGUGACGGCGGGAUCUACAGUGCAACAUGUGACGGCAUUGGAAGAUAUUUCUCGAUAUCAAACUCCUCAUACCUCAACCUCUGUGAGGUAGAAAUAUAUGUUUGCAGCCCUGGGAUGUUUGGUGAAACCUGUAAUGAAUUUUGUCACUGCGCAAAAGAGGCGUGUGACCACGUAAGUGGUUUGUGUCCUGGAGACUGUAGACCAGGGUGGCAGGGAGACAGGUGUGAUACAGAAUGUGACGCUAAUCACUAUGGAGUCAACUGUGUGAACACAUGUACUGACAGGAAGUGUUCUGAUGUCAACUCGUCAUGUGAUCGCUACACCGGGUCAUGUGACAGGGGAUGUCUUCUUGGUUGGAGAGGUGUGGACUGUACACAAGAAUGUGACAACGGAACCUAUGGACAGACCUGCAGCAUGACGUGUUCAGAAAGGAAAUGUGCAGGAGAUUCGUCUUGUGACCAUGUGACGGGAACGUGUGUUUUGGGAUGCGUGUCUGGAUGGAAGGGUGAAGACUGUAAUGAGGUGUGCAGUCCAGGUUUUUUUGGUGCCGAAUGUGAAGACAAGUGUGGACUAUGCGCUGAUAAUACCGCAUGUGACGCUAGUUCAGGCAACUGUAGCUCUGGCUGUGUUGAAGGAUACAUGGGACCCCAGUGUAAAGAUCAGCAUCAGAGACAUAAAGAAACACACAUUACAUCAACAAUGCACACAUGUUGUCGCACAGAUCGAUCCGAAGCUGCCCAGUCCGUCCCUGUCGCAGCUGUAGUAGGAGCUGCAGUGGGUGUGGUGCUGGUGGCCCUGGUGAUCAUCCUCAUUGUGCUGCUCAUCAGAAGACGACAGAGAGGAAAGAGGUCUUCUGACGAAUCAGUCCUGAAAGAAACUCCACAUGUCGCUCCAAAGAAGAAAAACCUUCGAGAUGAAGGAAAUACAUACAUGAAUGUUGGAUUUGAUGAUGAAGUGAAGCCAGCCUUGUCAUCCAAGAAGACGCCGACCACUACUGCACAUGUGGCUUCAGGGUCUCCGCCACCAGUUGGUCAUCAGGGAGAGAUACGUAAAAUACAAAGUGGGAACAAACGCGACAAUGUACUUGUUGAUCGUUCAGGCGGCAGUCAAGAUCAGCCCAACAUGGAGGAUGAAGAAGAUUAUGAUGCCCAUGCUCAGAUCGCACCGCAGGAUGCCAGACCAUGUCAUGCUAUCCCCGUGUCCUCAUUUGCGACGCGAGUGGAAGAAAUGGAAGAUCACCCUGAAGUGUCUGAAGAGGAGUUCAAGCAUCUACCCGAUGGUUUCAUGCAUUCCUACGAGGAAUCUCAAAAGUCGAAGAACAAAGCGAAGAACAGGUUCAGAGGAUAUUACCCGUAUGACUACAAUCGGGUGAUAUUGCAUGACGCUAAUGAUGAUGAUAGAGGAGACUAUAUCAACGCAAGCUACUUGGAUGGUUACAAGUCAGAGAAGCGUUACAUAGCAGCACAAGGCCCAUACAAACCGGAUGUACUAGUGGACUUCUGGAAGAUGAUCUGGCAGGAGGGAUGCAACACUGUUGUCAUGGUAACAGGACUGGUGGAAGCAUGCAAGAUGAAGUGUCUACAGUACUGGCCAGAGAAGGAUGGCGUGACAUUUGGUGACAUCAAAGUAACUCUGGCAGGUCGAACACAACUAGCAAACUACACUAUCACCAAGCUGGCUGUUCAGAAUGAGAAGGAAGGCAAGAAACGGGAUGUCAACCACCUCCACUUCACUAGUUGGCCAGACCAUGGCGUGCCGGACACUGCUGCCCUGCUGGACUUCAUGUGGAGGGUCAAGGUCAUAUCUGGACAACAAACUCAGCCGAUCAUAGUCCACUGCAGUGCUGGUAUAGGGAGAACAGGGACCUACAUCACCAUCGACAGCCUCGUGGAGCAGGCAAAGGCAGAGGGCGUUGUGGACGUCGUCAGCUUCGUCUCCAUCAUGAGGGGGCAGAGGAAGAACAUGAUACAGACAAAGGAGCAGUACCUGUUCAUCUACCAGGCGUUGGCAAGGGCAGUGUCAGAAGGGGACACAACUCUUGGUGCCACCACCAUUAGACACCUUGACCUUGGUCAGGUGUUAGAUGUUACUAUGGGCAACAAGACAGUACAACAACAUCUUGAGAUUUUAAAACGCAGCGGUGGAGGGCCUCCCAAGGGAGCAAAGAUCACAAGCGUGCCUUCGUACGCAUCUCUAAAUGGAUUCUUCAUUGUGUCGUCACCUCCGGAUAAAGAGGAGAUGUGGAACCAGGUUUACAACAGUGACUCGCACACUUUGAUAACCUAUGCUGCAGAUGUUCUGGAUUAUCUCCCGUCGGUAGAUGCUCAUGUUGCCACCACCAGGUUUGAAGUGAGCAUUUCCAAGUCCUCAGCACUGUCCGAUGAUAUCCUUCUAAACACAGUGGAGCUGGCACUAAAGGAUAACGAUGACACUACUGUCAUUCAACAUUACCACAUCACGGGAAGUGCAAGGGACCCCAGUUUCAACUUGCUGACUGACAACUUCCUCACGUGGACAAAGGAUCCCACACGAGGAUUGUGCACCGUUGUCACAGAGUCUCCGGAGGAGUUUCGUUUCGUGGUGCUUCUACUAAACAUUGCCAGCAGACUGCAGGACGAUGGUAGAGUGGACGUCAUUAACAACAUGCGACAGCUCUACACACGUCUUGCAGGUCCGCCAUUUACAGAGACUGACGUGAGACUCUGUCUGGAGUUCAGUCGGCGGAGAGCUGAGACACAUGGAGUAUACGCCAACUUCUGACGCCAUAUGUAGAUUAAAGCACCACAUGCUGUAUACGUGGAUUCAUAUCUUAACAUGUACUCAGAUCUGAAUUAUUGCUCAAUGAACAAUUGUAUGUGCCAAGGUCAGAUGUAUGAUACAGAAAAGAUGUUCACAUAACUUGGACAAUAUACCAGCUACGUAUUUCGUUAAUAUGAGUCUUAAUCCAAAAUUUUUUCUUAUGCUUAUUCACAGAUGUACAGAAUCAUUGGUUAAUAUUGGCCUUGCUGCAAAAUGAAUUGAAUGUUGUUAGUUUUGAAUUAAUAAAUGCAGUUAAAUAUUUUGCAAUUGUAUUGCCGGAAACAUCAUCACCUCAUUGAGACUGUAAGUGCCUGUAUAGCUUGGCUUUCAUCACAUGAAGAUUCUUGCUUUAAGUAACUACCAUAUAAUGACAUUCUUCGUUGUUCCUAAGUGAGUGCCGAUUAAAAUGUAUUUACUCGUUUUAGUUUCUUUUUGUAUCUAUACUUUAUCUUGUCACAUUGUGAAUUGAUAUUGCACUGUUUUGAAAACCUAGUAUAUUUUAUUAAUCAUAUCUUCUUGACUAUUUCACUUGUACAGGGUUUUGUACACAUCGUCUACGUAAGCAAAGACAAAUACAUGUUGUAUCUAUGCAUGACAGAUGUGAGUUGUACCAUUCAGCUAUUCACAUUUUACCAUUUACAGCCUUAAUCCUGACUGUCGUCCAACUAAACAAGUACCAUGUCCAGGGGAACGCUAUUAUCCCUUCGUCUGUGAAUUUACAGAUACAUCUGCAUUACAAUUAUCUGUAUUCAUCUUUCCUCUCCUUCCCCUAUUUAUUUCUUACUAUCUGCAUGCACGCACACAUACACACACACGCACGCACGCACACACACACACACACACACACACACACAAACACAAACACACACACACACACACACACACACAUACAUACACAUGUUAGUCAAUCUAGGUAUAUUAUCCACUAAGGACUAGACAAAUUCGGACUGACUCAACGUAUUCUUCGUCUUCAGUCUGAGCUGUACCCGUUGACAUCAGCAAUAGAAACUUCGAACUCAACAGUAUUCUGGUAGAGGAUCACGACCUGUAAAACACUCUUAAACAACGAAUGCAUGCGUGUAUCAUUGUUGAAUACAGACAUAAGUAGACAAUACAUCUGUAAGAACAUUUGUGAAAAUACUUUUCAUCUAACAUUAACUAUAUUAUCUAAUGAUUCACGUUCUAGAUAUAUACACAAAUAAACUAUGGCUAAUCA